AUGACAAAUAAUUUGGGUCGCCAGUUUUUGGGUUGGUGGCUGAAAUGCCCUUCGGUCGAAGCCAAUCUAAACGACACGUAAGUCAUUCCAUAAAAACGUAAGGGUGCGAAUAAUCCUCCUAGAGUUAUGACAAGGUUGGGAUAGUCUUUUACCGAUAAGACCGAGUACAAUGUUAUUUUAAACUUCUUCCUAGGUCGGAGAAAGAUUCCAGCAAAAUGAAAUUUGUUAGGUGUCCCAUAAGUCUUGCAAAUUUUUGGAUCGUCGAUUUUUGCAAAUUCCUGUGGGCUUUGAAACGCGUUACGGAGUAUGUUGAAUAUACCGGUUUGAAGCGCAGAUAUAGCGCUUCUAAACUGUAUAUAUAAAGUCCACCUGCUACCUACACUGCCCUGAGAUUGCACUAGACAUUAAAAAAAUGUCUGCUGAUGUCAAAAUGGAUAAAAUGGAUGAUGUUAAAGAAUUUCAGCUAUUUGCCCGGAGGGCAUGCGGUUAGUUUAAAAUUUCAUCUUGUUUGUAAGUGUAAGAAAUUGUGGUUUCAAUAGUACCAAAGAUUUAGGAGUGCAGUGAUUUAGGCCCUCACAAUGAGACUUUAAUUCUCAACCCCAAAAAUUCGCAAGACAUUUGAGACACUCUAUAUACAAUUUUAGCGGCAUUGGCAACGGCUACGGAACCUCCGAAAUGUUCAAAUCAAAUCCCUUAGCUCAGAUAAUCUACUCCUUUGUCCUGGCUAUGAUCUUCUUUUAUAUUCUGCUCCUUCUCCGCAAUUUCUACUUCUAUUUCUUCUAUCCAGUAUGGCAAAUGCGGCCAGUCAGUACAAAAAAGAGAAGGUCCAGAUCGAGGUCGAAAAUCAAGGUAAAACAACAUGGCUAACAUAAUAAAAGCGUUCAGAGUGACAUAGAGAUGGACGUCAGAACAGCCGUGCUACAAUCUCAUCACCAUGAGGUCAAGAUGAAUGAGCCUGUUCCUCUUGUAUAUAAGAGGCGCAGAAGUAAUGUGAAUGGGUACCGAAGUAAAGUAAGCUAAGAAUUGUGCAAUCACGUGUAUUCUAGGACGGUAAUGAUCUGAUUAGCACAAAGACGGCCAGAUCCCCGCAUGGGAGUCCCAGGAACUCUCGCUGUGAACUGUCAACUCUCUCCUCUUCUAAUUCGAAAGGAUCUCUGACCUCGCUCUCGAGUUCAUUCGAAACCUCAAGUACUCUUCCCUCCAGUACCAAUGGUAGCAAUCCCAACCCGAACAACACUGGUACCGGAAAAGAGAGUGAUAAGAAAUGA